AUGAGACUGACAAAGGAUAAAGCUACCAAGGUUCCUGUGCGGGCUAAAUUCUUCAAUGUCCCUUUCGAGUAUUGGGACAGUGAUAGUUUAAGCCAUAUCGCAAGUGCUGUAGGUGUUCCUUUAUUUAUGGACCAACUCACAGAACAGGGUAGUAAGGUGUCCUUCGCUAGGGUUUGUGUCGAGAUAGAAGCAACAUCCAACUUACCAGCGAUGUUCAAAGUGAACUGUGAAGGUGUAGAUGCUGUCAUCAAGGUUGAAUAUCAAGGCUUACCCCCCAAAUGUGAGCACUGCAUUGCUUUUGGGCAUGAUACAUCCAGAUGUGUGAAAACCCAAGUUGCUGCUUUAAUCAACCUCCAAAAAGAAACUGAAAAUAAUUUGGAUCCUGGUUGGGAAACUGUCAUGGCUAAGGGUAAGAGGAAGGUGGGUGUUCCAGAUCCUCCUACAGAGUCAGUAAACCAAGAGGAGCCUCAGGAGGAUGGUUUGCAUAAGCUUGAGGAGGGGCAAAGUCAACAAGAAGUGCUAGUUCAGGUGGAGCCUAGGGAGAAGAUUUCUGACCAAACUCACAGUGAUGAGUUGAGCACAAGGGGUGGAGAGUUAAAGGAAAGUAAGAUGGAUGGACUGGAGGCUUUACAGAAGGAAUUAGUUGAAAUUACAAGCUUGGCCCUUCCACAUGAUACAGAUCUGCUGGCUAGAGUGGAGAAACUAGUGGGAUCGACCCCAAGCAGUACUCAAACUGACAAACAAGCCCAAACUGGCUCUAAUGUAAAAGGUAACUCCUCUGGCAAAGGCAACAAAAGCCAAAGGAAGAAGCACAGAGUCUGUUUUGUUUACGCUGAGAAUAAACAUGAUGUUAGAAAAGAAUUUUUUGAGUACAUGGUUACUAUUUCCCAAGCUCAGUCCAAAACCCCUCUUGUUAUCCUGGGGGACUUUAAUGCUAUCAGAUUCCCUUAUGAGAAAUUUAGGGGCUCUGCUAGUUGGUCUAAGGAUAAAGAGGAAUUCAACUCCUAUAUUUUGCAAGCUGAGCUGGUUGGUCUCUCUUAUGGAGGUUGCCCAUUCACUUGGGCUAACAAAAGAACUAGUGGGGAUUAUAUUGCUUCCAAGAUCGAUAGAGUUUUGGUUAAUGAGGCUUGGCUGGAUCCUUUCCUGACCUCAUUUGCUACCUUCCUACCUUCUGGCAUAUCUGAUCACUCUCCUGCAGUGAUAAAUGUCUCUGAUAAGGUGACUUCAUUUAAGAAACCCUUUAAAUAUUUUGAUUUCUGGGCUGAUCAUGAGGACUUUGGUUUUGUGGUUUCUACAACUUGGAACCAGUACAUUCAGGGUGUCCGUAUGUUUAGAGUGUGUCAGAAUUUAAAAAAUCUGAAGCCUGCACUAAAGGCUUUGAACAAGAAAGACUGUAGUGACGUUACUACCAGAGUCCAUGCUUCUAGGUCUGAACUCCUCUCCGCUCAAUGGAAGUUGGACAAGGAUCCUAGUAAUGCUUCUUUGCAAAAACUUGAGAGAACCAUCUUUAAACAACAUGUGGAUCUUUUGGCUGUUGAGGAGAGUCUGGCUCACUAG